AUGGCGGUUUCUUCGCUGGCAGUGCAGCCUGUGCACGCCAGCAGCGCCAGUUCUGCAGCACGCCUCUCCUCUAUAGGUCGAAGGUCAUAUGUGUCUAUACGGGGCCUGGAGGCAGUGCUUGCAGAUGUGAAGCAGUUGGGCGAGCUCCCUGACAGUGUAUCUCGCAGGACCAUCAAAAGGCGUAGGGAUGAGCAGCUGGCGGAAUGCAGCACCGAGUUCGGACCUUUGAUGCAGUUCAUGGAUGUGCCUGAGGAGGACAAGCCCGGAGAAGUUGUCAAGGUGCCCAUCCUCCCUCCAGCAGCUUGGUUGGCGUCUGCGACGUAUCAGUGCGCUGGGUGGAGGUCCUUCUUUCAGGCACGGCUCCAAGCCAGCCCAUGCAGCCAUACGGCGCCGUGGAAGAUAGUGGUCUAUGCUGAUGAAGUGAGCCCGGGGAACCAGCUCAAACACUGCAACGCUCGUAAACUUCAAGUUCUGUAUUGGUCAUUUUGGGAACUUGGUCCACAUGCUCUUAGCACUGAAUCUUGUUGGUUCCCAUUAAUGGCCGUACGGUCAUGCCUGGUGCAGAAACUUGGCGGCAUGUCAAAGCUGUGGCGGCAGGCUAUGGAAUUGUUUUUUACCGGCCAUGAUUUCCGAACAGGCCUGUAUUUGAGAACAUAUGGCACCUUGGUCUUUGCCGACAUCGGUGUCCUUGUUGCAGACGAAGCGGCCAUCAAGCAGGCCCUGGAAAACAAAGGCGCCUCAGGGACAGUUCUUUGUUGCCACUGCUCCAACGUCAUCGACUUCAAGAGCCAGCUUCAGUGGCAUGACCGGUCCGGCGAGUUGGUGAGCUCUUUGAGCACUGAUGUGAGGUCAUGGCGCCUUCACACAGAGAACAGUGUGAAGCAACUCAUUGCUUUUUUGCAGGAGCAGCGCUCAGUUCUGAACCUCGGGCAGUUUGCCAAGUUGGAGCAGUCUCUCGGCUUCAACUUCCGUCCUCACGGCCUGCUGGCACAGCCCGAAUGGGGCCCAAAGUUUGUGGAGAGAACAAUGUUCGAUUGGAUGCAUGUGUACUUGGUACAUGGCGUGGCCAACGUGCAAUGUGGCCUGGUGGUCGGCGUUUUGGCACGACAUGGCUUCAGCAUCAAGCACAUGCGCGAAUUUGCGCAAGGUUUCAACUGGCCAGCUCGGCUUCGAGGAGCAGCGCCCAAGACUGUGCUCGACAAACGGGGCGCCAGCGAGCCCAUCAAGUGUAGCGCCAGUGAGCUGCUGAACUUUGUACAACUGCUGAGAGCCUUUGUUCUUCUUUUUGUCUGCUCGACGGAGCCAGCCCAGAAGGUCAAGGACGUGGUAGAGUGUUUUUUUCUGCUUUGCGAGAUCCUUGACACAUAUACGACCUUGCCACAUCGAAGGCAUGAUGCCAACAUGCUCUUGCAGACUGUCCAGCAGCAUCUGGAGACCUUCAAACGCAUCCAUGGCGUUGAUCACUGGACAACAAAAUUUCACUUAUCCCUCCACUUGCCCUCGCAGCUGAAGAAGCACGGAUGCUUGGUAAGCUGCUUCGUGCACGAGCGCAAACACAAAUGCGUCAAGCGGGUUGCAAAUCAUGUUUUGGACACUAGCAAGGCCUUCGAGUCAUCAGUCUUGCAGGACAUCGUUUACCGGCAGUUCGAUGUUAUGAAGUCUCCUGCAGAAAUGCCUGGUUCCGCUGUGUCUCUGGUCAAUGCCAGGGCGGCCCCAAAGCGGCUUGCCAACGUGGUCAGGCAAAGCUUGGGCGCUCUCGAGGACGCCGUGGUUGAAUCAGCAGCGGACGCAAUCCACGCAGGAGGGUAUACUGUGGCCAGAGGCGAUAUAGCUUCGAUCCAGCUAUAUCAUGCUGCCCAGGUGGAGAAGCGCGUCGGCCGUAUCGAAUUCCAUGCUGCCGUGGGGCAGGUCACAUGGUCAUGUGUGCACCUUUGGGAUACUGUGGACGGCUUCAUGUACAGAGUCAAGGACAACCCAGUCCUGAUUCCUACUGAAUGGAUCUUGGGCACAUGCCCUUGGUCUCAACGCGAUGGUGCUGCAAUUGUACUUUUGCCGCCCACUUAA